UCAUGGGCAACGUCAGCACAAACAGGAAGCGCACGUAUGACUACACAGCGACACACGGUCAUUUUUUUGUUUUGUUUUUCUGUUUUUCAACCAGCUCCUGGACUUUAUGAGGGAGACACCCGAAGCUACAUCGUCGCCGCUCCUAAAAUGAGGAGACUGACCAAGAAGAAGGCUCUGACUCUGGUGAAGGAGCUGGACGCUUUCCCCAAAGUUCCCGAGAGCUACGUGGAGUCCACAGCCAGCGGUGGGACAGGUAACACACGGUGUCUCUGAUAGCAUUCACUCUCAUGGCUGUCCUUGCCUUCCUGGAAUUCUUUGUGUACAGAGACACAUGGAUGAAGUAUGAGUAUGAGGUGGACAAAGACUUCAGCAGUAAACUGAGGAUAAAUGUUGACAUUACAGUGGCCAUGAGAUGCCAAUAUAUCGGUGCAGAUGUCCUGGAUCUGGCAGAGACGAUGGUUGCCUCUGACGGCUUGAAAUAUGAACCGGUCAACUUCGAUCUCUCUCCACAGCAACGAUUGUGGCACAUGACACUUCUGCACAUCCAGGAGCGUCUGAAAGUUGAGCACUCUCUCCAGGAUGUAAUUUUCAAGGCUGCCAUAAAAGCUGUUCCUCCUGCUCAGCCUGAAAGUGAGGAGAGUCCCACUUCCCUUAGUGCCUGCAGGAUACAUGGACAUCUGUAUGUCAACAAGGUGGCAGGAAAUUUCCACGUUACCGUUGGCAAGUCCAUCCCACAUCCCAGAGGACACGCCCAUCUCGCUGCACUAGUUAGCCAUGACACUUACAACUUCUCUCACCGGAUUGACCACCUGUCCUUUGGAGAAGCGAUUCCUGGCAUUAUCAGCCCUCUGGACGGCACAGAGAAAAUCUCUGUCGAUCCUAACCACAUGUUUCAGUACUUCAUCACCAUCGUGCCCACCAAACUGAAGACCUACAAAGUGUCUGCAGAAACACAUCAGUACUCAGUCACUGAGCAGGACCGUGCAAUAAACCAUGCGGCCGGCAGCCAUGGAGUCUCAGGGAUCUUUAUGAAAUACGAUAUCAGCUCACUAAUGGUCAAAGUCACCGAGCAGCACAUGCCUCUCUGGCAGUUUCUUAUCAGACUCUGUGGCAUCAUCGGAGGCAUUUUCUCUACCACAGGCAUGGUCCACAGUAUGGUAGGAUUCUUGGUUGAUGUAAUUUGCUGCCGUUUCCAAAUGGGAAUCUACAGACAUCUUAAGGAGGCUCCUCUGAAUGAGCAGGCUAACAGUGAAACCCCGGUUCCUACUGAAAAUUACACUCAAUAACAAUAAUGUGAGUCUUUACAAGUGACAGCUCACCGUAUUGGCCUAACCCACUACCCAGCAAUGAGAUGCUGAGAACAUGUUUACAAGUUGUUUUAUUAUCUGCCUGCUUUGUUCAGAAAUGUGUAAAUAUUUGUAUGAUUUUAAAAAAAGAAUUGUUAUCACUGUAUUCAAUACCUCCACUCAUCAUCUGUGACUGGACAGGCUAAACACAAAUUAUUUACAACAUUAUUGUAGAUCUGACUUCAUUAAAUAGAUGGUACCUGGUGUUAGAGCUCUCAUGGUGCACGUACGCAGGUGUUUUCUCUUAUUUUGGCUAAUUAGACCUUUUCUCAGGGUUAUGUGGUUGUGUAUGUUUGACAUCUGUCUGAAAGAUAACAUGUGGAAGAGAGACAUUCUUCUGAUUCUUUCAUGUAGUUUGGUGACUCCCUGCAUACGUCUGCUCAGCUUCAAGCUGAAAGAGGCCUAAUCAGGAACAAAGUAAAAAAUCUGUGUGUGCUGAGGGCCUUUUUUUUAAAAAGGGGAAUUGUGUGAAAAGACUGGAAGGGUUUUUAAUUGUUCCACAAGUGUGCCUGUGUGUAAAUGAUUGUUGCAAAUGAGGCUGAUUUGUAAAAUAAAGUACACUUUCGACUUGA